AUUUACUGCAGUGAAUAUGAAUUUCGUAUAGUGUGUCAUUGACUCGAGACGAAGUGUCAAAAUUGUUCUGACUUGGUUUCGCACAUUGUAAAAUUUCAUUAAGAUAGUUACAAAUUUCAUUUAUUAAGUAUCACUUGAUCGUUUAAGAUCAAAGUCUUCGAACACUAUAUUGUAGAGUGAUGCCGGUUCAUCAGAUCAAUGUUAAUCCGCCUGACCGGCAACCACCUCUGUCGCUUGGUCCUUCUAAUAACAAUAGCCCUGCUAAUGGUGAAGGCUUACCAGAAUGGACACCAAGGGAAUCAACAUAUGCAACAGUAGUUACAAUUAUACCAGAUCAUUGUCACUCAUCAGUAAGCACAUUGUCCUCAAGCAAUCAUGAUAUUUGCAGAAUAUGUCAUUGUGAAGGCGAAGAAGGUGCUCCCCUUUUUGCACCUUGUUAUUGCAGCGGCAGUUUACGCUAUGUACAUCAGGCUUGCCUUCAACAAUGGAUAAAAGCUUCAGACACACGUGCUUGUGAAUUAUGUAAAUUCACAUUUAUUAUGCAUGCUAAAACAAAACCAUUUUGUGAGUGGGAAAAACUUGAAAUGUCUGCCCUAGAAGUUCGUAAAUUAUGGUGGGCAGUCGUUUCUCAUGCAAUAGCUGGACUCUGUGUAGCUUGGUCUAUAUAUGUACUUGUCGAACGAUCUAUGGAAGAAGCUCGACGUGGAUAUGUAGACUGGUCUUUCUGGAUUAAAUUAAUAGUUGUUGUAAUUGGUUCUACAGGAAGUUUAGUUUUUAUGUACAUUCAAUCCAAAAUAUACAUUACACUAUGCAGAAAAUGGCUUACAUUUAACAGAGUAAUAUUUAUUCAAAAUGCUCCUGAGAAAGUGGUGCUUCCUCCUUCACCCACAGACUCUUUAAGAGAAGUAACAUUGCCUCUAAAAGACCCAACUGUCUCUAUGCCUGAGCUCAAUCAUACUUUAUUACCCCGUAACAUAGAUCCUCCAUGUGCCUCGCAGAUGGUAAAACCGGAUUCUAACGCGCCUCCACAAAGGCAUGACGCUCAAUUGAAACUUUAUGUAUUUGAUAAAUUGUCCUCGUCUGAAGACAAUUUAUAAUACAAUUGGGGUAAUACAGAUGACUGCUAAUUAUAUAUUAAUGAUUAGCCAAAAAAAAUAUAAUACAAACGUAAACAUAUGUCUAGAAUAAAAUUGUAAUUCUAGACUGCAGUAUGAUUUCGAAAACCGGAGUUUCUAUUUCGAAACUGUCAAAUGUCCGCCCUUAAGG